AUGGAAGACGUCCGACUGAGACUUGUUGGAACCCUGCGUCAUGCGGCAGUGGCUAAUCAUGUAUCGUUCCACAGCUGGGCCGAUCCUAGAGGGAGUGCCCCCGGCGUUUCGGGUCAAAAGGUUGACAAGACGACGACGAUCCUCGAACAUCGAUGGGCGCCUUUUAUAGGCACUCACGGUAAGAGCAUGACGCUCCCCGCAGGAAACUACGAAUGGCCUUUCGAAUACAUGCUCCCAGGCAACAUGGCUGAGAGUGUUGAAGGAAUCCCCGAGGCAUCCAUUACUUACAGACUGAGAGCCACUGUCGGACGCGGAAAGCUGGCAUACGAUCUACACGCAAACAAACACCUCAGAAUUAUCAGGACUUUAGAGCCUGGCGCUUUGGAAUUCCUGCACGCCAUGAGCGUGGAAAACAUCUGGCCCAAUAAGGUCGACUACUCAAUCAUCAUCCCACAAAAGGCCGUGGUCUUUGGCGGCCUUGUCACUAUGGAGAUGCGAUUCACACCUCUUCUUAAGGGGCUCGAACUGGGUGAUAUCACAGCCAGGUUGAUGGAAGUUCGUGAAUGCCACGUUCAAGGUACAGGCUCAAGUUAUGGUACUGGCACUAAGGAGCACCGAACAGAACGUGAGGUAUCAAUGUGGAAGUUCUCGGUAUCAAGAGAAGAACAUUGGCAGGAUAUGAUCGAGGAUACUGGCCAAGAAGGUUGGGCAUUGACCAAGAAGCUCAACUUGCCAAAGAGGCUGCGCCAAUGCGUUCAAGACUUGAACCACCAUGGCAUCAAGAUUCGUCACAAAAUCAAGUUGACUGUUGCGCUAUGCAACCCCGAUGGUCAUAUUUCAGAACUCCGAGCGACACUUCCUGUGUCUAUCUUCAUCUCCCCUAACAUGCCCCUCGACGAAGAAGGCAACCUAGUCGACCAGUCACCUACGACGCCUAGUAACGAGCGAGAGCUCUCUACUAUUGCUCCUCCGGGAUAUGGCGAGCACGUUCUUGAUCAGCUGUACGAAGAUGUCGACGUUAGUGGCUUCCAAACACCCGGGUUCCAGUCAGGCCUUAGCAGUCCCUUCUAUGCUCAGUCGCGGGCUGGCUCAAACGAAAAUCUCGCGGCACUUGCUCAUAGCCGACCUGUUGCUCCUGCGGCACUUUCAUCUCGACUAGCCGAUGUAUCGCUUGACCCCUCUCAACGAACUACCUCAUCCACCUCGCUCCGUUCCCUGGGCUCGUCGGGAUUUAUGUCACCCACCUCAGCACCCCAGAUCCCAGUUCCGCGAUCAGAGCCCGCAACUACGGCGCUUACUAGAACUAACAGUUCUGAAGACUCGUCGCGCAAUUCUGCCGAGCAUAUUGAUCUCGACGCUACUGAUCUGGUUGAACUAAGUAAGGUUCCCAGCUACCAGACAGCAGUUAAAACUCCGGCGCGUUCUCGGGCUGGUACUGGAGAUCUGCUUCUGCCAGAUUAUCAAACGGCUCUUAGCGCUCCCCGGACGCCUCCUGCUACAGACCACCCAGCGGAUCCCCUCGGCACAAUUUCAGAGGAUCAGGAUGGUGAGGACCGCACUCAGCAUGUUUCACGCCCAACCAGCUGGCUUGGCGGCGGUCGCGCUUAUACGGAUGAUGCCGCAACAUACCGAAGGAUGAAUGGCGCGCAGAACCGCGGCCAGGUCUUCUAG